UUCUUCCAAUAAAAAAAAAAUCUGUGGUGUCUAUGGUCACUUACUUGCUUUAGACAUAUAUGUGAUCUGUGCUGUGCUCACUUGUUUUGUUGGUUUCGUUUUUAAUGCAAUCAAAUGCAAUAUAACCUUUAAAAGUUAUCUGUUUUGUUUAUUAUAGUUUACGAAAUAUAAAUACCCUUAAGUGUGUAUAAAUAACGAUAUAUAAAAGCAGCUUUUAUUAUAUAGAAGAAGCAAGCUGUGAUAAUCAUUGUCUGUUUUGUUUAUUCUGUUUACGUUUCAUACAAAAUUAGGAAAUCUUUCAAUAUGGCACCCACUAAAAAAAGUAUUGUUUGGAAAUAUUACGAAAAAAAUUAUGACAAAUCUGUCAGAUGCAAGUUAUGUCAAAAAAAUGUUAAAACGGCUGGCAAUACCUCUAAUGCGAUGGCACAUAUCAAAAAUAUUCAUAAGGCUCUCUACUUGGAAGUUUUCAAAAGUAACCAUAGUGCUGCUGUUGUUAAAAAAGAUUUUAAUUCAGAUUCGUCCAACCCAAUUCCUAAUACUUCAAAACAAGAUAGUAUCACGUUAUCGGAAUCUACCGUCAACGAACAUCAACUGAUGCCUUCAACCUCUACGACAUCUCCAAUGGAUUCUACGUCGUCGCCAAUGGAUAGUAGCGAGAUAAAUACGAACAAUUCUCAACCUGAUCAAAAGAUAGAUUAUGUUAGAGAAUUGCCUUUUAAACGCCAAAGAUCAAUUGAACGUAGUUUUGGAGAAAUAUAUGCGUAUACCUCUACUGGUGACAAAACUAAAAGAAUUAAUAAUGCCAUAAUGUUCAUGAUCUGUAAAGACAAUCAACCUUUUUCAUUAGUUGAAAAUGAAGGUUUCAAGAAUCUUUUGAAUGUAACGGUACCUCACUAUAACAUUCCUAGCAGAACUUCUGUAACACGGUGGUUAGAUGAAAAGUAUGAUGCAUUAUCAACAGUUAUAAAAAAUAAAUUAUGCUGUGUAGAAGAUCUGACCCUUACAAGUGACAUUUGGUCAGAUCUACAAAUGAGAAGUUAUCUAGGUCUAACUGCUCAUUUUGGCAUUGGAAUUGAAUUUCAUUCCGUAACUUUAGGUGUAUACCACUUAGAUGAAAGACAUACUUCCGAAUACAUUGCACAAAUGCUCACUAAAACGUGUGAAGAGUCGGGAUUUAAUACUAAUAAAGUCACAGCAGUAGUAACCGAUAAUGCUGCAAAUAUAGUGAAGGCUGUCGAAAUUGCAUUCGGAAAAAAAAAGCAUAUCCCUUGCUUUGCGCAUACGCUUAAUUUAGUAGCUCAAAAUAUUUUGGGAUUUCCAGAAUUACAGCAAAUAUUAACGAAACUAAAAAAUGUUGUUAUUUUUAAACAAAGUUAUGUAGCAAAUGACGAAUUGCGUAAAUCAGUUAAAUCUGACACAAAAUUGAUUCAGGAUGUCCCUACACGUUGGAACAGCUCAUACUAUAUGAUUGCACGUUUCCUUGAUUUACGAAAUGCUGUAAGCGAAAUUUUAAUUCGUCACAAAACAGCACCGCCGAUGUUAACUGGUAUGGAAUUGACAAUAUUAACAUCGCUUCUUAACAUACUGCGCCCACUAGAAGCAGCGACCAAAGAAAUAUCGGGCGAUAAAUAUUGCUCAAGUAGCAAAGUCAUUCCAUUAGUGCACUGCAUGAUAUCAAAACUGAAAAGCCUAGUAAUUGAAGAACCUUUAAUUAAGGAGGUACAUAAAUGCAUUUUUACCGAAAUUAAUAAAAGAAUGGGCGCCAUUGAACAGGUAUCAUCAUUAGCUAUUGCUACAAUAUUGGACCCUAGAUUUAAAAAACUACAUUUUGAAGAUGCUUUGGCGUGCGCAAAUGCCGUCAGUAAAAUUAAAGAGAUGAUUAAAAAAAAUCAGCAAGAUGAAUGUGCUGUGGAAUCUGACUCCGACAAUUCGGACAAAAUAAGUAUAUCAUCAGAUCUCUGGAGUGAUCACCAUAAACUGGUACAGCGGAAUUGGAAAACAAAUAAAACUGAUGAAAGUGUUUCAGAUGAGUUAUCGCUUUAUUUGAGGGCUCCAGUCAGUAGAUUCAACGAAAACCCAUUAGAAAUGUGGGCAGACUAUAAAAUACAGUUCCCAACGCUAUCCAACGUGGCAUUUAAAUAUUUAACUAUGGUGGCUAGCUCAGUUCCAUCUGAACUACUUUUCUCAAAAGCCGCACAGGUUCUUACACAGCAAAGAAACAGAUUGCAAGCCAAAAGGGUUAAUAAAAUUUUGUUUUUGCAAGGUUUAGAGAAAAAGUACUGGAAUUUAUAAAUCUUUCAUAUUGGUAUGGUAUAAAAGAAAAAGCUGCUAUUCUUUGUUCUGUGUGUUCUGAAUUAUUUUUUGUGUGAUUUAUAAAUAAAGUUCAUUUGUUUCUUCUCUUUAAAGUGUUAUUACUUGUAAUUAACCUGAUCCCUAUUUAAUAUUAUAGACUAGUUAGAAACAAGUAAUUAUUCGAACAUAUUU